AUGCUGACCCCCUCCGCCGGCACCCCGCCGCCUCCACCUCCCUUCUCCCGCUCUAGCCCCGCCCCCAGCACGACCUCCUGCUUCCUCCCCACCCUCACCCGCCACCGCCGUCGCCGACGAUGCCUCCCCGUCCCCAAAGCCGCCGCCUUUCCGCCCCGGCGCGCGGCAGCCGCGCUCUCCGCCAGCAACCUCCCCGCCCCCGAGCAGACCCCCUCCACCUCCGCCUCCCCCGCGCGCCCCUCCCCCACGGCCUUCACCGCGGGGGGCUACCGCGCCGGCGGGCCAGGGGGCGAGGACCCGCUGGUCUCCAAGCUGCGGACCCAGCUGGGCGUCAUCCACCCGCUGCCGGCCCCGCCCCCUCUCCCGUCCCUCCCCCGCUCCGUGCUCGGCCUCUUCGCGCUCUUCUUCUUCGUGGGCGCGGCCUUCGACAAGCUGCUCACGCUGCGCCGGCGCCGCCGCGCCGAGCGCGAGGUCCGGGUGAACGGGUCGUGGCCGCAGGUGCCCACCUCCGGCUUCUCGCUCUUCCUGGAGGAGAAGGACCUGCAGCGCAAGGAGUCGGUGGAGUGGGUCAACAUGGUGCUCGGCAAGCUCUGGAAGGUCUACCGCCCCGGCAUCGAGGGCUGGAUCGUCGGCCUGCUCCAGCCCGUCAUCGACAACCUCCAGAAGCCGGACUACGUCAACCGCGUCGAGAUCCGGCAGUUCCACCUCGGCGAGGAGCCGCUCUCCGUCAGGAACGUCGAGCGCCGGACCUCACGCCGGGCCAACGACCUGCAGUACCAAAUCGGCAUCCGUUAUGCUGGCGAUGCACGCAUGGCAUUGGCUCUCUCGUUAAAGUUCAGUGCUGUGCCAAUUGUCGUGCCGGUCUGGGUUCGAGAUUUUGAUAUCGACGGGGAGCUGUGGGUUAAACUAAGGCUUAUUCCGACAGAACCAUGGGUGGGAGCUGUGUCUUGGGCAUUUGUGUCGCUCCCGAAGAUAAAGUUUGAGCUGUCGCUGUUCCGGCUCUUCAAUCUUAUGGCAAUUCCUGUUCUGUCAAUAUUUCUCACGAAACUUCUGACGGAAGACCUGCCACGUCUCUUUGUCCGGCCCAAAAAGAUUGUCCUUGAUUUUGAGAAGGGGAGAGCUACGGGACCUGUUGCGGGAGAUGUUGCAAGCGACAUAAUUCAAAAUGUUGCAAGCGGUAUAAUGCAAGGAGUUGCAAGUGACUUAGUUCAAGAUGUUCAAGAUGGAAACAAGGACUUUGUUGGAGAGCUAUCUGUGACACUAGUUGACGCUAGGAAGCUUAGCUUUGUCUUGUUCGGGAAGACAGAUCCAUACGUUGCCAUGAUUCUUGGUGAUCAAGUCAUAAAGAGCAAGAAGAACAGCCAAACAACUGUGACUGGCCUGCCAGAAGAACCAAUUUGGAAUCAAGAUUUUCAUAUGCUGGUCGUAAACCCUCGCAAGCAAAAGUUGUGUAUUCAAGUGAAGGACACGGUUGGUUUCACCGACAUCACUAUUGGCACUGGAGAGGUUGAUCUAAGCUCACUCAAAGACACGGUACCCACCGACAAGAUUGUCACGUUAUACGGCGGGUGGGGCUUCUUCGGAAAGCGGUCAUCCGGCGAGGUCCUCCUCCGGCUCACAUACAAAGCGUACGUCGAGGACGAGGAAGACGAGACGGUCAAAACCGAGUACGCCACGGGCUACAUUUCGGACGAGGACACGCUAGACUUUGUCCAGCUCGACGGUACCAGGCGGGGCGAGGUCAACGGCAACGAGAGGGAGACCUUCAUGGACCUGCUGGCCGCGCUGCUCGUGAGUGAGGAGUUCCAGGGCAUCGUGUCAUCGGCCGAAACCAGAAGCUCGAGAGACGCCGAGCAGGCCGAGGAGCCGAAACCCGGUGACGACGUCACGGCCGCCGGUGUCGCCGUAGAUGCGGGCCCAGUGUCCAGUAACCCCGAAGAUAGGGCCCUGGUCUGGCUUGCUGCCAUAACCAGCGUGAUGCUGCUCGUCUCCUCCAACAUUGGUGGCUCGGGGUACUUUAACCCAUAG